AUGCUACGUCUUCCGCAGACUGUAUCGGUCAUUGGGGCUCCCAUGACGUAUGGUCAGCCUUUGUUGGGCACGGACGAUGGUCCUGAUCUACUACGGGAAGCGGGACUACACAAGACCCUCGUGAAGCUGGGCUGGUCCGUCGAAGAAACCGGCAAUCUCCAUUUUGUCGAGCCGUCUCCAAACGAUCCAGUGCUGGACCCGCGCUACGGCAAAGCUAAGCAGUGUUUUCCUGUUGGCAACGGAACAAAGCAAUUGUACGAAAUCUUCAAGCAAAAAGCGGGAGAGGGCAAGUUCUGCUUGGUGCUGGGAGGUGAUCAUACGAUUGGAGCAGGAUCGCUUGCGGGUCUCCUUUCGGUGUAUCCGGAUGCCGGUGUAAUUUGGGUGGACGCACAUGCUGACAUCAAUACACCUACGGGCUCGGACUCCGGAAAUAUGCACGGCAUGCCCAUUUCUUUCCUUAUGAAAGGUAUGAUGGACAGCUCCAAGAUCCCAGGCUUUGAAUGGCUUGUGAAUGGCCCUAGGAUGAAACCAGAGCAACUCGUGUAUGUUGGCCUGCGUGAUAUCGACGAGUUUGAGCGUCGCGUUAUUCGUGAGAAAGGAAUCAAGGCGUUUACCAUGCAGGACGUGGAUCGCUAUGGUAUUGGCAAGACCAUGGAAAUGGCACUGGACCAUCUCAAUGGCAAGAAGCAGCGGCCGCUACAUGUGAGUUACGACAUCGACGCAGUAGACCCACUGGUGGCACCUUCUACGGGCACACGCGUACGCGGUGGACUGACGUGGCGCGAAGCGCAUUAUGUUGCGGAAGCUGUGGCGGAGACCAAUGUGAUGGUUGGACUGGACAUGGUCGAAGUAAACCCAAAACUGGCACCGGGUGACGGUGCCCAGAUGACAGUGGACAUGGCAUUGAUGCUCAUUUCGUCGGCGAUGGGCAACCGCAUCUUGUAG